UACAUUUGUAGAUUCAUGAACUAUGUCAAAAGUUGACCACUCUCUUGAAAUUAAAUCACUACGAAAGUGAUGGUACUAGGUUAUAUACUGCAGUAAUUAAAAUAUUUUUAAAUAACAAAGCAUGCAUUUUCAGCUUGUCUUCGUGCUUAUUGGUUUGUACAACUUAAAAGUUGGUCAGAUCUUUGAGAUAGAAAACAAGUAUUUUCAAAGCAUUGUCAUCACUCAACAUUUGUAAUGCAUGGAGAACCAGCUUGCAAAUGAAAGCUUGCUUUUUCUUAAAUUUGGCUUGAUGGAUAAAUUGUAGUAAAUAACAGUAAUAGGCUUGAACAAACCAAGUUAAUGGGGAUAUUUAAAAUACUUUGGGCAAUAGAGAUGCAGUCUAAUUUACUGAGCUUUAAAAGGGAAAGCUCCAGAUGGGGUACACGCCGCUGCCAUAUCCCAGCAGCAGUCCCGACUCAUCUGUCAUACAACCUACUGGAGUGGGUCCUAGACUCAUCCGCGUGGGGCGUUUGACAGGGAGAGCUGGGUGUCUUACCUUCUGCACCCUCAAGUUCAGCUGGGGGAAGUGCUCCCCCCCCCCCCCCGGAGCACAAAUGCUGAAGGCUGGGUAAGGAGAAGGAUGAUUGUUUGCUAACAGUCCAAAUGGGGGCAAGAGGCCUUUAGUGCCAUCUGCAGCUAGGACUUUGAAAAUGGUGCCAAAACCCUGUCAAAGCUAGCACAUAUUCAGUGGGAUGUUUCUAUGCAUUUGGCUCUUAAUCAAAGAUUGUACUUGUGUAUGACAAUAAGCUUACUGUAUGCAAAACAAAUUCACUGUGCCUUGGUACACGUGAUAAACAAAAUAACCAUUGAACCAUUGACAAUUCCAAGUAAUGGUAAAAGACAAUUUCCACUCUAAUUAUCUGAUCAAUACUGACCAAAAUAUCUAGUCUUUGGGAAGUUCUAGGUAGUUAACCUUUUCCCAAACAACCCGAGUCACUGGCCUUAACUAAAACUUUUAAUUGACAGCAUAUUUGAACAUAGGUAGUUGAACAUGACAAUAAACUCACUUGAACUUGAAGUAGGUAAUCGACCUUGUAAACCAGAAUUGCUGAAUGCCAAAGGUAAAGCUUGAAUGAGAUGCUGAAGUUUAAUAUUAACUCCAUGAGUUGACUUUACACCAUUUUUUAGGAAACAAAAAAUGAUACUCGGAUUUGUACAGCACAGAAAGAGGUGUAUAUGGUUUCCAUUUCCCAAAUAACCCGAGUCGCUGGUCUUAACUAAAACUUUUAUUUGACAGCAUUGCUUUCUUUGUCUUUUUCUGGUUGCACAAAUUUCUUAAAUAUGUGAACAUAAUUUUUUUUUUAAUAUACCUCAUGCUUUCUACCAAGUACCAAAAAAAAAUUUGCAAGCAUAAUUUAAAAUUAUGAUCCAGUGUGCUGAAUGAAGUUAUUCGAUUGCCUUGUCUCUAUCGCUGGAAAACAUUUCAGCAUUACACGCAUCACCGGUAACCCGCAUUUCCCAAUUUUUAGCCAAAAAUAAUAUGUUUUGUCUACGAAUGUAUUUUUGAUCUGAGUAAAGCUUUUACUUUUCUUGCUAUAUUUAGUGUCCAAUUUGAACUGAAGUUUUGUUGCAAAAAGAUCUUCACUGUAAAUGAGCUUAAGAUGACAGGGCUGUAAAAAUGUGACGCAACUGCCGUCACUGUAAGGACAUUUAGAAGUUUAUUCGCAUCGAAUCGAGCACUCGUCCAUGGGGGAAAAAACGAAUAAUUAAAUUACUUUGAACUGAUUAUAAGAGUAUAUUUAAUUACGAGGUGAUGAGCACCGUAAGGAGCUGGCCUCCACCAAUUCUAACUUUGGUUUGCAUCGCAUGGUGGAGAAGGUGGAGCAAAGCAGCGUUCCGAGGUAGUUUUGAGGAGCAAAGCUUUUGUGUCCUCGCCUCGGCUGGAACACCUGCCGGGCCGUUGCCGGGAGACGACCGGGACUGAGGGAGGGGGAGGGGGUGGGGUUAUAACGGCCUGGCUCGCGGAGCACAAUGGGCCCGAGCAGGCCGCGCGCGCCCGCCCCGCCGUCCGUUUGUUGGUCGUUCCGCGUAAAUGAGGACACUCAAUGUCGUGGCUGGAGGUGGAGGACGACGACGAAGAGGAUGAUGACUACCAGCUCCUGGAAGAGGUCUCUGAAUAUUGGCGACGCGGUCCAGCCGCUGCAUCCCAUCGUGUUUAUAAAGUUGGGGGUCAGACUGCCUCCCUUUCACCCCUGUACCCCGGCCUGGUCUCUGACCCUUGUCCCGAGCCAGGAUUUCUGUCCUCAUCCAGGCACAAAACCAAGUUAGUGCGGGACAGCGACAGGAGAUCAUUCAGACACGAGGAAGUAUCCGAAGUCGAACGGCUGCCAAAUUCAAAAGAAAGGCAAGAAUGCACAAGUCGAAGCCCAAAACAAAGAUUGCUCCCCACCGGUUUAUUUGAAGAGUUCUCAAAAGAUCAGUUUCCAUUUGACUGGAGCAAGAAAACCAGUGCAGGACUUGGUGGGAGUAAAGUUCUUUCCUCCGAUAUGAAAAGAAAUGACAGAGAUGUUAGAGUACCAACAAUGGCUCAAACAAAUGGAAUUCAAGGGUGUAAGGCCAAAAGUCUUCAACAUUUAUUCAAGGAAUCUACAUGUGCUGCAUCUGAGCUACACACAUUAAGCCCAAAGACACAUAAUGGACCAUGUUGUCCAAUAUCAUUUCCAUGUGAGGAGAAGUUACAGAACUACCAUAACCCUCUCCAUGGUGCAUCAGCUGCUUUCAUUCAGCGACUGACAGAAAUAGCUGGUUUGGAAUGCGAUACUAUUCGGCAGGAGAGAAUUCGUAAGCUGAAGAAGAGAUCGGAUUGCUGAAAAUAUUUUGAUCAUCCUAGUCUCAGUCACAUAUUUUUCAUUGCUAAAACAUAACAUUGAAUAAGAUGUAACCAAAUGGGACUGAUAUUAGCCAUUGGGCAAGUUUGCAAGAUGGUUGCAAGUUUGCCAAAUGCAACCAUCUGAUCAAAAUUAUAUAUUUGUCUGCACCCUACAGAUAAAAUAAAUGUAUAUCAAUGUGUACACUGUAAUGAAGUCUUAAUUAUGAUUUAGGCCAGAACAAUUCAGUAACCACACCUUCCAAUCAUAUGUACAUGCUUAAUUUAAAAAAAAUGUAAAGUUACUUACAGAAAUUCGAGUAACAUUUUCAGUGUGGGUAACGACCUGUUUCCAUGCUGUAUGACUCUAUUAGAUAGAAGAUAAAUUAUAGGUGCCAGCAAAUGGGAUGCAAAGCUAAUUUUUUUGAGGUGUAUCAAUGGAUAUGUGCUAAAUUAGUAACACUUUAGGAGCUAUGGGUAAGAAAUUAUGAAGUUAAGUUUCCAGAAGUCUAGCAAUGGGAGCAGAAGUAGGCUUUGAGUUUGCUUUGUCAGUCAGUAGGAUAAAUGCUAAAAUUUUACAACUCAACACUUUUACCUUUGUGUCUUCCCCUUAAGACUAAAAAAAUCUGUUGUUUGCACCUGGAAUACUUUUUACUGAGCAUUCACAGUCCCCCACACCCCAAAAAUGUCCUGUUAAUGUAUUUCAAAUGAAUAUGUUCAUUUUAUCAUUUUAACUAUCACUUCCCUGAAUAUCUUCAUUUUCUCCAUUAAUACUUUAAACUGCAGAUGCAUUUUCUUAUUCAUUUAGAUUUUGAGAAAAUGUAUUUGUACAUAUAAUAGAAAUACCUCCCCUUCCCCUUAGCACUGCUUUUACCAGUCAGUUAAGAUAAUGGCUAAGGUUUUGCACAUUUCCCAAAUCUAAGGAUUUACCAAUGAUUUUUGCAAUACCCAGGUGACAAGCAAAGAAAUUGUACUAUCGUGAUGGAACGACAGGAACGGCUAAUGGGCUGAGCAUUACCUAUAACUCCAUUCUGAGCUUUCUAUUAUGUGUGGUUGUUGUUCGUCUGCAACACAUUUUAUAGGAGCUACAUUCCGCAACCACUGAGCAUCAGUGGUGAAGGAAAUGAAUGUUUAGGAUGGUGGAUUGGGUACCAAUCAAAUGGGCUGGUGGUAGUGGAUGGAAUACCAAUUAAGUGACCUUGGGAUGUUGAUGGUGGGGUUCACAGCAAUGAUAUGUUUUUGUUUAGAUGUUUUAUUCUUGGAGAUGAUCAUAUUCUGUGACGUUUGCAGUAAAAAAAAAUACUUGCCACUUAUUAAGUCUUGCCUGAAUGUUGUUUAGGUCUUGUACUCUGGUGUGGAGUUAUGAAUGGAACUGAACAUUGUACAUUGUAUAGGCAUCUCAAAUUUUGGCCUUGCGAUGAAAGGAAGGAUAUUGCUGAAGUAGCAGAACAUGAUUGGCACAGGACACUGCUCUGAAGAACCUGUACAGCUAAGAUCCAAGGCUGGAUUGAUGAUAACUAACAACCAAAAACAUCUUCCUUUGUGUGAGGUAGACAGAAAAUGUUGGAGUAACUCAGCGGGACAGGCAACAUCUCUGGAGAGAAGGAAUGGGUGACGUUUUGGGUCGAGCCCCUUCUUCAGAAUCUCCAGAGAUGUUGCCUGUCCCGCUGAGUUACUCCAGCAUUUUGUGUCUACCUUUGAUUUAAACCAGCAGCUGCAGUUCUUUCUUACACAUUUUGUUCCUUUGUGUGAGGUAUGAUUCCAACCAUUGAAGGGUUGUCCACCUGCUAUCCACUGAUUUCAGUUUCUGGGCGCAUUAAUGCCAUGGUUGGUCAAUUGCUGCCUUGAUGUCAUGGGCACUUAUUUUCUCUUCAUCUCUGGAAUUUACCUCAAUGGUCCAUUCUUGGACCAGGCUCCAAUUAGAUUGUAAGAGACGUAGUUUGAGGAUUGCUUAAAUCAGUUUAUCUAGCUUCUUUGAACCUUACGUCAGAGAAAAGUGAUUGACUGGAGUCUUCCCUGGAAUCUAGGCUGAACCUCCCUGUUCCCCAUCCACAACAUAAUGUAUAAAAGGAUGUGCUUCUUCUAAGCAUCAAUUAAUAGGACACCUGUUAAAACCACUUAAAGGGGAGCCACUGGUUUUCAUAGUAUUAUUGAGGCCUAUUUAUAUAAUCUGGUUUAUGAUGCAUGGGUUAAGUAGGACUGGAUUAAAAAUAUGCCUAAACAGAUGGAACAGUUGUUAGACAAUAUGGCAUAUAUUGGAUAUGGUGGUGGCAAUGCUGCUGGUAUUGGUUGAAGCACGUGGAGAGGCAGGAAUAGAAAUUAGGACUAAUGACUUGUGAAGAGAAAUAAGUAGCGGGAUAUGGUGUACUUUCCUUUCACUGUUCCAAUGAGUCUGCUGUUUGCGAUUUCCUCGUCCAUUCUACCAACACUACUAACAACCCCCUAUCCUUCCCUUGGGGCUUUCCUGUGCAACAUAUGACAUGUAACAUUUGCUUUGUACCUUUUCUCUUCCUAUUGUCCAAUGAUCUUAAUAGUCCUUCCACAGGAGGGAAUGGUUUACAUGUAUUUCUUUCUCUUUCGUAUUCUAUAAUCACUGCUUACAAUAAUGAAAAAGGGUAAGCAAGCAAACACCUUUGUUCAGUCCACAAACUUGCAGUUGUCUCAGUUUUAAUUUUCCAAUUUGAUCUCUGUAUUGUAUAAUAUUUCAUUGAAUUUCAAUGGGAGUUCAAGGAGCAGCACCUCAUUGUUCAGGUAUGUACAACCUUCUGGGGUCAACAUUCAGUUCAUCAAUUUUAAAAAGACCUAUUCUUUGUUUCAUUAUUUAUCUCAUUAUCACCUCCGUUUACCAACCUUGCUUUCAUCUCUUUGUCUUUCACGACUUCCACAUAAUCACACACUUUCACUUCCACUUUCCUGUUACCCAAUGUCCUUGUCUCUAGUUGCUUCAUGUUUUGUCAACCUUUCUCAGCUCCCAUAAUUGAUCAUCAAUCUAAAUAAUUAGCUUUGUUUCUCUAAAAAUAUUAGCUAAAGUGCUGAGUAUUUCUUUUUUUUUUUUGUUUUGCUUUACUGGUACAAUAUAGUGAUUGUUAGGAGCACGAUAAGAGGUGACAAAAUUGAAGCUGGAAGAGGUUAAAUUGUGAGCAUAGAGUGAAACCAUAUCAAUAUUAUUCUGACCACUUCAGUGAGAUCAUUGUAUCUUUUCAGGAAUGUACCAUGGCCUUAGGUUUUAAAGUCCUGACAUUGAUAUGCUCGUUGAUCUUUUCCCGGUAUCUCCUGAAUUGAUGCCUUAAACAAUUUCAGUCUCCUGUACUGGAAUAAAGGUGCUGAGAUAAUCUUAUGUCUGCCUUGUAUCUCAAUUCAUUUGCUUGCUUGCUUGGAAUGAUUUUGGACUAGUAACACAUCCUUUUAUGAGCACUUUAGGAGGUUUUGCUAAGGAAAAGGCAGUAUAAAAAAUCCAUUUGAAUACAGUAAACUAUCCCAUGACAUUGACUUAACAAACUGCAGCUGUUUGAGGUGCGCUGUUUCCCAUUCAAACAUAUUACAACUGAGGCCAGUUUUUCCUGUCUAUAGCCAAUAAAAACAAAGGAGUUUUUGAGUACUCUCUGUACUGGGGAGGAGGGGGACGGGGGGGACGGGUAGUUACCUAAUAUUGGAGAAUACAAAUGCUUGAUGCUAUUAUAACAUACACUUGCAAUUUAAAAAAAUACUGCAUGUUGGAAAUUUGAAACAAAGCUAAAUGCUGGAAAGAGCAACUCAAUCAAUACUUAAGGACGCAAAGGUGAAAUUUCAGUUGGAACUUUAUAAUUCGAAGAAGAGAUAAAAAGGAAAUUAAUACCAAUAGAAAAAGUUAUAUGUAUACACACUUACUGAAUACACAUUUCUUGGAAAUGUGUAGAAACUAGUAACUGCAGAUGUUGGUUUACAAAAAAAGACAAAGUAUUGGAGAACUCAGCAGGUCAGGUAGCAUCUCUGGAGAACAUAGAUAGAUGACUUUUCAGGUCGGGAAUCUUCUUCAGACUGCUUAUGGUGAGGGGGGCGGGAGUUAGAAAGCUG